GUCUACCAGUCCACUCAUCAUGGAUGUUGAGCUGUACGUCUAUGACCUCUCCAAGGUGGUUCUAUUGAUUCUGAGUCUUGGUACUGUGCACAAUACUGACUGGUUCUCCCACAGGGUCUUGCGCGAUUGGUAAGUCAUGUCGCUCAGCAGCACUUGCAUCGUGUCUAAUGCAAGCAUCUCCCCAGUAUUCCAUGCCCUUGACCGGCACCCAAAUCGAUGCCAUCUACCACACCUCGCUGGUCCUCAAUGGGAUCGAGUACUACUUCGGCCAAGGCAUCCAGACGGCUGUCCCCGGUAGCACACACCAUGGACAACCGAUGGAGAAGCUGCAUCUGGGUCAAACGGAGCUCCCGCUGGAUGUAAUUGAAGAAUACAUUCAGUCCAUGGCAGAAAUCUAUACGCCCGAGUCCUACGAUCUCUUCCUGCAUAAUUGCAACAACUUCACCCAAGACUUGGCCAUGUUUCUGCUCGGGAAGGGCAUCCCGGAACACAUCCAAAACCUCCCGCAGACCUUUCUGAGCACUCCCUUUGGGCAGAUGAUGAAGCCACAGAUUGAGAUGGCCCUGCGUGGUGUCACUCAAGGCACUGGCACAGACGGUGCUCAAGCGCCGCCCGCCUCCAGACCAGCAGCAGCAGCAGCAGCAGCAGCAGCAGCAGCAGCGACCCCGGCCCAACAACCCUCCUCGCCGCCGGUUAGCCAGGGCGUGGUCCGAAUGGCAAGCAGCCUUGCCCAGCUGGAGCAGCACCUCACCGCCGCCUCCCAAUCAUGCGCUGUCAUCUUCUUUACCUCCGCAACCUGUCCGCCCUGCAGGAUGGUCUAUCCCAUGUACGACGAAUUGGCCGAGGAGGCCGGGGACCGCGCCAUCCUCAUCAAAGUCGACAUCAGCACGGCGAGGGACGUCAGCACGAAAUACCGCGUGCGCGCCACGCCCACCUUCAUGACCUUCCUCAAGGGCCAGAAGGUCGACGAGUGGUCCGGCGCCAACCCGGCGCAGCUGCGCGGCAACGUGCGCCUGCUGCUGGAGAUGGCCACCCCGACGCACCGUCACCGCCAGCUCCAUCUCCCCAGCUUCCAGCGUCACCUCCCCAACUACGUCACCUACAAGAAGAUCCCUCCACUCGACAAGCUCCGGCAGAAGCUCCACCCCCACACCGACGACUCCACGCUGACCUCCAUCCUCGACUUCAUCCAGCGACGCUUCAUCACCACCAGCCCUGACUCUACUGGUGCCGCCGCCGCCGCCGACGUCGCCCUACCCGCAUCCCUCCCAACCUUUGGCCCCUACCUCCAAACCACGUUAGGCACCCUCACCCCGGAGAACCAAUUCGCCCUGGUCGACCUCGUCCGACUCCUCUUUAUCGAUCCCAGGGUAUCCGGCUGGUUCGCCGCCGAAGACCCGCAUCACGAGCUCCUGCGCACGCUGCUGUCUUCGACCAACACCGCCGCCGCCACAACCACAAUCACAACCCCCUACCCCCUCCGUAUCACCCUCUGCCAACUCGCCUGCAACCUCUUCACCACCUCCCUCUACCCGGACCACUUCUUACCCACCUCCCCAAACAAUGACCCGCAACUCCUCCCCCUCCUCCUCAACCUAACGACCACCUCCCUUCUCGACCCGCACCCGAACCUCCGCAUCGUCGCCGCCUCCUUCGCCUACAACCUGGCCGCGCACAACCACAACGCCCGCUUCGCCGGGCGGCCCGACCCCCUCCCCACGGAGAUGCAGGUCGAGCUCGUCGCCUCGCUGGUCGAGGCCCUCGACCGGGAGACCCAGAGCCGCGAGGCGGUGCACGGGCUCCUCUUCGCGCUGGGGCUGCUGGUGUAUGAGGCGCCCGAGGACGGGGAGGUCGUCGAUCUCUGCAAGGCGAUGGGCGUGCACGAGAUGAUCGUGGCGAAGAAGGGGAUCCCCGCGCUCCAGGGCGAGGAGGCGUUGCUUCGGGAGGUCGGGGAGGUGUUGCUGGGACGGGGGAUGUAGGGUUCUUUCUCUCUCUAUUAUGCUCUGUAUUAGACCAUCUCCUUUCCUUGAUCAUUGCCAUUGUUGCGUGUUUGGUGCUUGAAGGGAGGGAUGGAGGGAUGACUUGGACACACUGAGUUAGCGACGUGAUGGGUCAGUUGCGGUGAACGAUUCACUAUUAGAGUCGCCCUACUUGGGUUUCAUCUCCAUCUCACCCCGGUACUGUAUACAGUCCUGCAUUCUGCAUUUCCAGAUAGCGACACAGCUCUCCCCCGCGAUGCCUCGAUAAUCAGCAGCGAGAGAGCGAGCAUCCCUUGCUUGCGAAGAUAGGCUCCUACAACUAGAAAAAGACGAGGUUGGGUGGGAUCACUCGUUAUCUUACUUUGAAUCUUAAAUCUGCCAGUGAUAAUUCGGGAGCGAAAGUGAU